AUAAUUUUUGGGCUCAAGAAAAGGUUUGUUUGUUGACAGUUGACGUCCCGCCGGACUUGUUUUUCUAUGGUUUUUUUCUCACAGUUUUUCUGUUUAUUCUGUAAAACAAACAGCAGAGAAUCAAACUUCACAUUCUUCUUCUGUCCUGCUCUUACUGCGCUUCCUGUUUGACAUGCACCUCAGGCAGUUAAUAAAGUCUGACUCCUCCUCGUUUCAAAGGUCCUCCUGCCUGAACACAAGGAGUUCAGAGUAGAAAUGAGCCCAGCAGACGAGGAGGAACGAGGCAUGGGAGCGCAGGGAGAGGAGGAGAGCACGGCUCCUUUGGCAGAGAAGAAGAAAAAACAGAAAACAUCCAAAGAAGUUUUUUUCACAGUUCUGCCGGAUCGAUACGACCCUCUAAUUGAAGAGGAGGAAGAGGAGGAGGAGACGCCAGAGGAGAGGAGGAAGAGGAAGGAGGAGAAGAAAAGGAAGAAGAAGACCAAGUACAAGAAGUACAGGAAGAACGUGAGGAAGGCGAUGCGUUUCAGCUGGCGCUGUUUGAUGCUCGGCCUACAGAACAUGGCCUGCGCCUACUCCACCCCCUCUGCCGUGUCCACAGUGGUGACAGAGGUCCACCGGAGCAGCAAGGCAUGAUGGGACGUGGACAGGCCCCUGAACAGAGACACAGUGGACCAGUGGGCCUCCUGUGGCCCCGGGGCCCCAUCACAACCAGCAGUUAAAGACGUUUAGAAGGUUUUAGUCACAUCGAGUGAUAAGAAUAUGUCAUAUCUAUUAAUAUCGCAGCAUUUUUAUUCUUAUUUAUAACAAAGAAGGAAUCCGUUUUUAUAACAAAAAAAUGGGGUUCUUCUUUUAGUUUUAAUUCUUUACUUUAUGGAUGGCUUUGAACUUUAUAUAAAAAUAAAACAAAUUUUCAAGCAGUUUUUAAUUCUACGUCUCUGAUGUGAGUUUGUAAUAUAUGUGAAUGUGUGAUGCAUUACAUAAACGACAUUUUCAGCCAGGCUGAACGUGAUUUAUAUUAAACUUUAUUACGUUUUAUUUAUUUAUUUUUUCGGUGAGAAAGUUCUUAUCUUUAUCCUGUUAAUGGGUGUUAUUACACUGUCACGCUAUGUACACAACCACUGUGUUUGAGUUGACAUUCAUGCUGCAUAUCAUUGGAAAGCUAAGAUUCUUGUGAUUCCAGACGAAUUUAUCGACUUUAUUUAUCAGCAACUUACCUUUGAAGCCUCAUAGUAAUCCAGUAAUCAAUAAUAUUCCUGGCAGAGCUCCAGUUUAUCUAAUCUAGUCGACUUUUUGGUCCAAAAUACAUUUAUAUUUUCAUAACUACCCACAGCAUGUUGUUUCGUCUUUUCAAAAAUUCUGUAGCUAUGUCUAUGAAUCGCUC